CUUUCUCCGGCCCACCUGCUAAUGAAAAACGAAACUGCCGUUCAGUAAGUACCCACUUGGAAGCAAAAUCGCUAUAGAUGCCGAUGCCUACAGUUGUUAGCAAUAUGAUGAUGUUUGUCAAGAAGAGGAGAAUGGUGGAGGUGAUUCCUCCAAAAUUGAGAAAUCUAUGGACAGAAUGGCAGCUACGAGUAUUGAUUCUACUUAGUCUCACUUCUCAAAUCGUUCUCGUCCUUCUGGGCAAGCGCAGAAAGUAUAAUGCCCAACCAUGGAUCAGAUUUACUGUGUGGUCAACCUACUUAAUCGCCGACUCAAUUGCAUUAAUGGCUGCUGGAGUUAUCUCAAAUGACAUAGGAGAUGUCUACGAUACUGGUGGUUUUCUUGAUCCAAAGAACGAGCUAACAACAUUUUGGGCGCCGCUCUUAUUAUUGCACCUGGGUGGCACUGAUGCCAUUACUGCUUACUCCUUGGAAGACAACGAGUUGUGGAAAAGGCACUUGGUUGGAGUAGUUGUCCAAGCAAUUGCAAUAUUGUACAUCUUGCUCACGACCUGGACAAGCUCUCUUAUUUCCCUACUCUUUCUUGUGAUGUUCUUUGUUGGGCUUGUCAAAUACUGCGAAAGAGUGUGGGUCCUCUACUUGGCAAGUGAAAAAAAAAUUUAGAGACUCAAUUCCGGAUGUCCCUACAAGUGGUUCUAAAUUAAUGGAGAAAUGCAAGUUGAAGGCGUUGGAGGGGUACCAUCUUACAACACAUGAGGUGAUUGAGGUUGAGAUGCUGGAUGAUUCAACCCAUGAGGAGUAUAUUCCUCAUGCAAAUGAAUUACUUACUGCCUACAAUUUACUUGAGAUGGUCAAACGUUUCUUCGUAGAUCUAAUACUUAGCUCCGAGGAUGGAGCUGAAUGCAGAGAACUCAUGAAAUUGUUUACUCCGCUAAAGUGUUUCAAGGUUAUUGAGAUUGAAAUUGGGAUGAUAUACGAUUUGUUGUACACCAAGGCAAACGUAAUCUACUCUCUUUUGGGCAUUGCACGGCGAAUUAUUGGAAUAUUUGUCACCCUCAUUGUAUUGGUGCUAUUUCUCACCUUGGAAGAUAAACAUCUUCACUCCAAGAUUGACCUUACCAUAGCUUUGGUAUUGUUGGCAGCCGCUCUUCUUCUGGAGUUAUAUGAAUUUAGGGAACUACUUAUCUCCGACCAAACCGCUCAUUGGUUAAUUACGCAAAAGAAAAUCUCUUUCUUACAUCUCAUCAAUAGUACUUUACGACCUAAUUGGAAUACAAAACGCAGGUGCUCAAAUUCCAUUGGUCAGUGUAGUCUGCUAAGCUUUUCCCUAAGGAAGACAACCCUGCUUGAUGACAUGCUUGGGUUUCAAACAUAUGAUAUUCCACAACCACACAUGGAUGAUAUAAAAUAUCUCAUCUAUUCCGAGAUUGAGAAAGUAAAGGACUGGGCACAAGUCAGAGGCACAGAGAAUAGUCGUCCAGGACGCCAAACCCUUGAAAAGAUGGAGCGUCUUGAUCUU